AUGUCCCAUAAUAUACAAAUUUAUCCUAAUAAUAUUCACUCCAGACCAAACCAAGAUAAUGAACCGACUUCUAGUCAUAACUAUAUGGAUGACUCAGACGAUGAAGAUAAUAUAGAAAGAGGCCCUCCCAAAUUGAGUAAUUUUGGGUCGGCAUUACUAUCUAAUCAAGAGGAACAGAAUAAUAAACAGCAUCAACAAGACGUAAUGGAAUCUAAGGAUUCUCUACAAAUUAAAACCGAUAAACAUAAUAUAUGGCGUAAUAAUACCAAUAUUAAUAAUACAUCGAACACACUCUUUGGCCAUACUGAUGAACAUUCUCAGACAUCAACCUCAACCAUGACUAGCGUACGUAUGCAUGAUCAUCAAAGUGUCACUACACUUUAUUCUGAUAAUAAUGGAAAAGAUUUAAAUAAUACUCUAGUAAAGGACUCUAACAAAUCUACAUUCAGAAGUCUGAAACAGUUAUCAAGAGAAGAACUACCAUCCAGACAGCGAAAUAGACGAUUGUUACAGAAUUUAAAAGCAGGAAACCUUGGACCAGCAUCAAGAACAUCAUCUUUGUUAACUAAUGAAAGUUUUAAUUCUUCUAUGCCAUUAUCAACAAAUACUCCUGAAGCCAGACAAAAUAAUGAUAAUAAUGAUAAUGAUAAUGAUAAUACUACUACUACUACUACUACUACUACUACUACUAAUAAUAAUAAUAAUAAUAAUAAUAAUAACCUUCGAAAUAAAAGUAUCAACAAUCAUACUCAUACGAGGACCUUACCCUUAGAUGAAAUAAAACCACCAACUUCUACUGAUAUAGGAAGAUCCUACAUACAUAGCUCAAUUGAAAAUAUUCCACUCCGAAUUGCCACAACAGAGACAAAUAUAAAUACUAAACUUACUAACCGCAAUAACAAUGAUGCUACUAUUAGUAAUGAUUAUAACCAUAACUCUAAACCUAUUAUCUCAGAUUAUUCUUCAAUUGAAUUCAACGGAUUAAACCCAAUGCAAUAUUGGAGAAAGCAUGACUUACCUCCAUCUGAACUUCCAAAAUUAAAUAAAGCAUACUUACAAAAACAAAGAGAAGAAAAUAGAAAGGCAGUAUUAAAACAAAGAAGUACAUCAAGAAUGAUCCUUAGCAACAAAAUGACUAAUUCUACCUCUUCGACAAACAACGGUUCAAUUAAACUAAGUGACAAUAGGUUUAAUUCAUUUGAUGCUAACAAUACUAAUAAUGAUAAUUUGCAUAAAAUUAAUAGAACAAAAAAUUAUACAAAAGAUAAUUCAUUACCCACUGCAAGAGCAAACAGAAAUAAUACAGAUACUUCGCCCAUGGGGAAAUCUUCUAGGAAAAAUUUGUCAUCGCCAGUUGUUUCUACAAGAAAUGUCUUCUUGGAAGAUAUCGAUCCACCAUUUAGUAAUGAAAAAAAAUUCCGAAUUGAUAAAGAGAAUAAUUCAAAAUCAGGACAAACUCGUAAUAGACUUGGGUCCUUUGGCAGUGAAAUAGAUAAUAUUCAUAAUAGACAUAAUGCUAUAAAGUAUAUUUCCCGACAAAAUAGCAGCGAAGAUUUACAUUCUAGUAAUCGUUAUACAGAGAAUAGAAGAACAGCUUUAACUUCAAUUGAUAUUAAUAAAAGAUCUGGAUAUGCCUCUCCUUCCAGAGAACACAAAAGAUCUAAAACCACUGAUAAUUAUAAGAUGGAUGUUUCAGUUCUUGAAAGCAACAGUAGAAUCCCGUCUAGUGCAAAUAGAAUUAACUAUCGUUCCAAGAGUGCUCUAGCAGACUAUAAUAAUCCGAUGCAAGAUAUAGACCACCUCCCUUCAUCACAACCACCAGUAAGGCCUCCACCACAUUUCAUACCUUCACUGUCACAACCUCAACCUCAACAGGUAAGAAAAAAAGUAGAAAUAAUUGAACCAGAGGCGAAGAUACAUAAUUACCAAAAACCAAUAAUCAUUGUAAAUAAUAUAGAAUAUGAAAAAGUAGCAUUAUUAGGCAGAGGCGGCUCAUCUAAAGUCUACAAGGUAAAGGGACCGAAAAAUUCAUAUUAUGCAUUAAAAAGAGUUUUAUUUGAUGAAUUUGAUGAUUCAAGUAUAGAAGGAUUUAAAGGAGAAAUUGAAUUAUUGAAGAAACUUGAACAUGAAGAAAGAGUUGUAAGAUUAUUUGAUUAUAAGAUGGAAAAUGGGACUUUACAUCUAAUUAUGGAAUGUGGUGAUCUUGAUCUUUCAAGAAUAUUGCAUCAAAGAUCUAAACAACCUUUAGACUUGGAGUUUAUUAGAUACUAUUCUCGUGAAAUGCUUAAAUGUGUUCAAGUAGUACAUAAUAACGAUAUUGUUCAUUCUGAUUUAAAACCUGCUAAUUUUGUUUUAGUUGGUAGUGUUUUAAAAAUCAUCGAUUUUGGUAUUGCAAACGCUGUCCCAGAUCAUACAGUUAAUAUAUAUCGUGAAUGUCAAAUUGGUACUCCAAAUUAUAUGGCACCCGAAGCGUUAGUUUCAAUGAAUUUAACAUCUAAUGAAAAUGAGAAUGCCCAGAAACCAGUAAAUAGAUGGAAAGUUGGUAAACCUUCUGAUGUUUGGUCAUGUGGUUGUAUACUGUAUCAAAUGUUUUAUGGUAAACCUCCUUAUGGUCAUUAUCAGGGCCAAAAUCGAUUAUUAGCUAUUAUGAAUCCUGAAGUUGAAAUUAAAUAUCCCGAGUUUACACCAAAUAAUGAACCUAUUCCAAGAUCUGCGAUAGACACCAUGAAAGCGUGCCUUUACAGAGAUCCUUCUAAGAGAUUUACUAUCGAAGAAUUAUUAAAUAACCCAUUUUUUUCACCAAUUAUGGUCACCCCUUUCUUUUUGCAAGAUUUGAUUAAAAAUUCUGUUAGGUAUGGAAUUGACCGCAAAAAUAUUUCUAAUGAAGAGUUAGAAAAAAUGAGUGAUGAUGUUUUGAAUAGAUUACGAGAAUUCAUCUUAUAG